AUGGGCGGUGAUGUGGAGCAGCUCGUCAACGACUUCGGCAUCCAGUUUCUCCACAGCACACCUUAUUAUGCCCAGUCUAAUGGUCAGGGAGAGGCCAGUAACAAGAUUAUCAUUACCCUACUGAAGAAGAUGCUUGUGAAAAACCCUCGCCAAUGGCAUGAGACAUUGUAUGAAACAUUGCGGGCCUAUCGCACUUCAAAACAAACUCCUAUUGCCACAACGCCCUAUGCACUCAUGUUUGGUCACGACGCGGAGCACGAAGACCUUAGCGGACAACGGUUAGAGGCUUUCGACAACUUAGUGAUGGAGAAGCAACGCAUCGCUCACGCCUAUGAUAAGAGAACUCGUGGCCGCAGUUACAAAGAGGGCGAGCUCGUUUGGAAGGCAGUUCUUCCAUUUGGUGAGAAGUUGACCCGUCGUGGUAAAUGGACCCCACGCUGGGAAGGGCCCUUUGUGAUUUAUAGAAUUCUGGAACGUGGGGCUUUUCACCUCAAAGAUUUGGAUGGCGACCUCCACUGCAACCCUAUCAAUGGCUGA